AUGGCGCCGCUGCCUCACUGUAGCUGCGGUUGUGCUUGCUGCUGCACCUCCUGCCGGCCCCUGCUGAUGCAUGGCCACCUCAUCAGCAAGCUCACUUCCGCCCCUCCUGUGCUGCACCCCUGCCGGCCUCGCCAGAAUUCAUCAAGUUCAGCACCACCGCGCCCUCAGACCUCCCUUGUUACCCGUGCCAUUGCCGUUCGUCUUCAACCGCGGGACCACUGCUUCGUCAUCCACCUCGGCUCUGGCCACCAUGGACGCCUCUUGCCCAAGCUCUUCCUCCUGUGGGGUGUAGAGAUGCACCACCACCACCUCGAGGCCCCUUGCAGUCUUCGUUUCGAAACGCCAAGAAGCCGAUGGCACUAG